UGAUCCAGUGAUGCACGCAUGAGAGUCUCCGCGCACGGUCGAGCGGCGUGCGGUCACCGUCACUCAAUUGUGCUGCGUUAUCAAUACGGAAACCUGGACUGCUUCCUCAGAAAGGGCUCUCCAGCAGAGGGCACAGGGAAAUUUGAUGCAGCUCCUGCACGUCCACCCUGUAGGCGCACUGUAUCUGCUGUGCGAGUAACACCGUUGAGGAUCAUGAAGAGUUCUCCUGACCUCAUGCCUACUGAGCUGGACCCGACCCGUGUUUGCAAGGGCAAGGGUGCAGUUACUUUGAGGGCCACGUUAGUGCACAUCGAUGAUGAGGACGGCACAAGCCAAGAGCCAUCCGUCAGCCCUGCCAAAGGUGGAUGGAUUGGUACGGUCAAUGGAGAUGCCACAGAAACAAGUCUGGCUGAGAGAAGUGUAAACAACACCAGAGCUGAUUUAAAUUCAACUCAAGUCAAUGAGACACCGACUAAGCAGGAUUCUGCUGUAAGUGAGAGUCAGUUUCAGCUCACGUCCUGCCUUGAUCAGCCGAGUGCUUUUAACUCAUCAGCCAAAGUGUCCUCUUCAUUCCCUCCGACCAGCAGCGUCAACCCUACAAUCGUCCUGCUGCAGCACAACAGAGAAGCUGUGGCAGAGCAGGGCAGUGGCCUGUAUCAAGGUCCUGCCAUCAUCCAGAACAGACCUUCAUCUGAGACUCCAGCAGACAUGGAGGGAAAAACAAUGAGCCUGUCUGAACGUCCAGCCGUCCAGCCACCCAGAGUCCCAGUACGGAACACUGAGCUCUCGAAGGACUGGUACAGAAACAUGUUCAAACAGAUUCACAAAGUCCCAGAGCCUGUUGAAGAAAAUCCAUAUCGUCCCACCUACAUAUUCCCAGAGACCAAUGACAGGCCCCUGAGAAGCAGAGAUGAUAGACCUUCAUAUGGUGGUGAGGAUGUUCGGACAGUUCCUCGCUCCAGGAGUGCUGUGGACAUGGGGAGCUCCAGAGGACAGCAGCCUGUGCCAACACGAACAUCUUCACUCAAACCUCAGAGGAGUGAGUGGGAGCCCCCUGACAAGAAAGUGGACACCAGGAAGUACCGCGCUGAACCCAGGAGCAUAUUUGACUACGAGCCAGGAAAGUCUUCAGUGCUGAGGCUGGACAGACCGGACAUUAGUCCAGAAGAUGUAGAUUUAGAGAAUGAGCCUUGGUAUAGAUUCUUUUCUGAGAUGGAUUUUGGCAAAGCGCUGCAUCACACUAAGAGUGCCCCCUCUUUCAGCCCCCUGGAAACAUCCUCCGACCUACAGCAAUACUCAUCCUGUAAAGUGAGUGACGGUGAAGCAGAGAAGAAGGACGGCUCGUCCGGCAGCGGGUCGGCAGCUCCAGAAUGUGAACGACACAUUUACAAGAGCGUCCUGGAGGGCGGCGACAUCCCACUGCAGGGCCUGAGAGCGCUAAACAAACGCCACCCCAGCACUUCUUCCAAAGUGGAUUAUAAAGACUCAGACUCUUCACAUCCAUUAAGCCAAGGAGAUCAUGGAGAAAGCACAGAUGAGGCUGUCCGGAAACGCCACGGAGAUAAAGAGAAAAUUCUGGAAGAGCAGAGACGGCUGAAGCGAGAGCAGGAAGAGGCAGAUACAGCUGCUCGGAGACACGCUGGGCUGGUUGUGACUCAUCAACAGUUCAUUACUAAUGACCGUUUUGGCGACCUGCUGGUUAUUAAUGAGAAGGAGAAGAGAAAAACCAUAGAGAGGACUCCUGCUCUGGCACGAUUUGACUUCAGAGCAGAAAGUUUAAAGGAACUUCCAUUUCAGAAGGGAGAUAUAGUAUACAUCUAUCGGCAGGUCGAUCAGAACUGGUUUGAAGGAGAGCAUCAUGGGAGAGUUGGGAUUUUUCCACGGAGUUAUGUUGAGCUGGUGCCCCCAACAGAAAAAGCUCAGCCCAAAAAGUGUGCUCCGGUCCAGGUGUUGGAAUAUGGAGAGGCUCUUGCUCGUUUCAAUUUCACCGGCGACACUGCUGUUGAAAUGUCUUUUAGAAAGGGGGAGCGUAUAACACUAAUUCGCAGAGUAGAUGAGAACUGGUAUGAAGGCAAGAUUUCUGGCACAAACCGGCAGGGUAUCUUUCCAGUCACCUACAUAGAGGUGCACAAGAGGCCCCGAGUGAAAAACGGAGUGGACUAUCCUGAUGCCCCUAUAAGCUAUUCACCUCAUCGCAGCACUAACGCUUCUCCACAGCCCAUUCGUAAUCGUCUCACCACGUCCCCUCUCCCUCUGCCCCGCUCCCCUCGCCGCUCCAUUUCCCCUGAGGUCCAUGCCAUCUCCAAUGAGUGGAUCUCUCUGACUGUGGGUGGGGUGAGCAGCAGCCCUCCGGCUGCGCCAACUCCACCCCUGCCACCCCUGCCAACCAACUCCUACCGCCUUGGCGAAUAUCUGCCCCCGUCUAUGUCAGCCAGUCCUGUGCCUCCCAUCAGCGGCAGCCCCUACUGUGUCUCCCCAAUGGCUUCCCCCUCCACGUCUCCUUUACCGCCACCCUAUCCACCCCGUCCCUGCUCAGCCACCCCGUUCCUCACAUUCACUCCACCUCAAGGCGAGGACUUCCUUCUUUCUCCACCCUCCCCCCGUCUGUCCCGCAGCCUGAGCCCCUGUGGUGGUGCUGGGCUUGAGGGUUGGCUCUCUGGGGCAAACAAGCUGGAUCAGGAGUUUCAGGAAGGGGAAGGGGCUGAAAUAGACAGGGUUGGAAGCCUCCGCAAGGCUCCUUACAGCAGGAACAAUAGUCCAGCAGAGCCAUUAAGAAAUGAUGUAGAAUAUUAUGGGAGAUCUUCAAGAAGUCCUGUCAUGCUGUUUGACAUCCAAGACAACAACAUGAAUGCCAACUCAUUCACGGAGGCAGUGUGUAAUGAGAUCAUGAAUAUUGCAGAGACCUCAGUGAGGUACUGCAGCACUUUGUCACGCCCUAUAGACUCCGCCCACCGACUCCUGGCUCCUCCCAGUAAACACUCUCUCAUCAUUUCCCAGCAACCCCUGUCCCAGAGCAGCAGUCCUGAGCCUGGACGCAUGAGCUGUGGGAUAUUUCAGGCUCUGUACAAUUACGUGCCUCAGAAUGAUGAUGAGCUGGAGCUGCAGGAAGGAGACCUGGUCAACGUCAUGGAGAAAUGUGAUGAUGGCUGGUUUGUGGGUACAUCAAAGAGGACGAAACAGUUUGGCACUUUUCCAGGAAAUUAUGUGAAAGCUGUUAAUUUGUGACAUACUGUAAUACAAAUGAAGAAUUGACGGUUUGUAUGAAGCGAUUCUAGUGCUAUGCUUGAGCAGCCUGAUCUGUUUGGGACACUCUUACCUGUUGACCUCAAAUGAAGACUUUCCUCCUGUCCAAAAUUUGGUCUGUCCCAUAUGAAUGUCCAGGUAUGUGAUCAGUAAGGUGUGCGGCAUGUCAGCGAAGAACAUGCAGUUCAACUGAACUCCAGUGGCAGCAUUUGUUGAAUCACUGAAGGAUUUCACGGAAGAAUGAAGGUUUUUACCAGUUUUCUGUAUUGUAUUUUUGUUUUUCUUGAAGAAACUUAGCUAAAAGCCAUCAAUAUUAAAUAUCUGGGAAAAGGUGUUUAAGUUUACAACUGCAAAUUUGACUGAAGUACAGCUCAAAACACUUCAUCACAUACCUGACAUUACUGAAAAAUAUUAACAUUUACAGUUUAUUUUUGCUAUAAAUGUGUGACUGUAGGAGAUGACAGGGCAUCGAAGGUGUUUGUAUUAAGGUUACAGGUCAGAGAAGCAGUGAGAAAAUCAUACUUGUUUGUCAUUUAAAAAGAAAAUCAUAAUGCAAUUUACACUCCUGUUGCAUAUAAAAUUACUGGUAUAUGGAGCACUCUUACAAAGAGUGGAAUUACAGUUUCUUUUCCAGUGAGGGCUCAAAGUAUGAGACACAAUUUAAUAUUUGCAGAUCCAAGCAAAGCCAUUCAUAGACAUCAAAAUGAUGUAAAUCAGUGUUAAUGCAAGGAGGAAAACUUCACAGCACUUACUGUACAGUACUCUCAGAUUUUGCAACAUUUUGGUAACACUUCACAAUAAGGUGUCUUUUGGUAACAUUUGUUAACUAUGAGCAAUAUUUUUAUGGCGUUUAUUAUAUGUUGUUAUAUAGUUAUGUUAAUUCAAUUACAUAAUUUAUGUGCAUUAAUGUUACCUGAUAAAGUGGCAGUCAAUGUAAAAAUGAACAUUAAAGGUAAUAAUCUCUGUAGAAGCUUUUAUUUUUACCUUUAUCAUCAGUUCAUGAUUGUAAACCUUUUGUAAAGUGUUACCAAAAUUUGUGAACAACUCUAGAUCUGACAAACUUUGUGAUUUGUAAAAACAAAUGAAACAAUAUAGCGUUACUGUAUAUGAUGUAGUGAGGUGAAGGGCUACAACUAAACUCCACUAAACAGAUCUGACCUUAGAUGCUUAGCCUCAAAAACAUACUAUUUAUUUGCCUGAGUGGUGCAUAUUUUUAUCUUUCAGUCCUCCAAUUUAAAGUGGGGUGUUUGAACGAUGUAUUAUGAAUCUGAGGCGCAGUAUUUACCUCCGUUAGCACUAGCAUUAGCAUAACAUCCUAACCCAGGUACUGUUUGACAGUAACAUUUAUGUAGUGUUUUGACAGGUAUUGUAGUUGUGUGUUGGGAUUCGAUGAUCUGUAAGAUUGCUGUACCUCAUUUUCAAAGUGCCAUUCACAGUAUAGGAUGCUACACUUGGACCUAUUGUGUUCAUUUCAUUUGAUAUUCUCCAUUGAUUAGCUUGUGGUCUUCCUUAACUGAAUGUAGUUUGAUAGUAGAUUUAUUUCUGCUUCCGUUUAAGAAGUUUUGGAUUUCUUCUGAUAAAAAUUGUGGAGAGUGGAUUUCUUCUGAUGAAAAGUUGUUUUUGAAUCUCCCCUUAGGUUUUAUACGGUCCAUUCCAUGUAAUGCCAGAGAACGUGCUGCUAGAGAGUUUCUGUGACUCUAAAGGGAUAAUUCACUUUAAAAUUGAACAUUUACUCAACUUCAAACCUUUAUGAGUUUCAUUUUUACAUACUAGGAUAUUUAAAAGUACCUUUAUACAGUAGCUGGUAGCCACUGGUAGACCAAAAAAAAUGCUAUGGAAGUCAAUCACUAUUUAUGUUCACAGAGGACAUAAGAGGGUGAGUAAAUGAUUGUUUUUGGGUGAACUAUCCGCUUUAGGCCCAUUCAUAACAAGGAUGAUAUCUAGCCUAUACCAGUUAUAAAAACAGCCUAAAUUCAGUUGUCAUAGAGCUCAUAGAGUUGACAAGACAGCUGUAAUAAUAAAGAGGAAUGAUAUUGUUGGAAUCACUUUCACAGUAAUAUUUUUCAUAGCUGGUGAAUGAUAAAACCAUUGACAACCAAUCAGAAUCUGUGCUACUCUAAAAAGCUUGAGCAUUUAAAGUCUCCCCAGCAGGCACAGGACGCCAACGUAACGUCAGAUUGAUUGGAAAUGUAAAUCAGGUUGACAUCAGAACCCAAUGUCAGGCUGACAUCAAUGUCCAAUGUCAUAGAGAAUGUCCAACGUCAUGACAUAGAGAUUGCAUUUUGGUUACUUUAAAAACACAACCUAAAAACAACAAAGUAUCAACGUCUAAGGAUGUUACAGCUUGACGUUGUGUGGACAUUACCAAUAUGGCAUCUUUCAGAUGUUAGAUUUUGGUUUCUAUACCUGACAAAUAAAUGUCAGUAUUUGACGUCAAUGUGCCUUUGGUUUAGGAUGUUGGCUUGAUGUUGGAUUUAGGUCACUUUCCGACACUACCUAAAAUCAACAAAACAUCAUUGUCAUUUCAAGUCGUUAUUGGACGUCAAAAAAACAUUGUCCUUAGACGUUGACCUAAAUCUAACCUAAAUCUAACCUAAGACUAACGUCUUAUGACGUUGUGUGUUUGCUGGGACAGAUGACAAAACAGCAGUGCAUGGUUUAAAUAAAAAGAAAGCAUUAUCCUACAUUGGUGUCAGUGCUAAUAAAGUUAUCAUUUUUGCCAUGAACGGGCUUUUGUGCUUACCAGCCUUCCGUCCAUCUCAAAACGAGAAUCAGGAAGAGAUCAUUUGGACAGAAAUGAAGUAUUUAGAUUAUAUAUUUUUCAUUUUGUAAACCAGUGGUUGUUGCUAAAACCUUUAUCAAGAUGUAAUCACAUAGAAAAACAACGAGGAAUUUAAAAAAAUCAGAUGUGAAUUUGAACUUGAAACUAUGUGUUGGUUAUAAUAUAGCGUAGCAUAUUUGAAUGUAGUGCUCUGAGACUCUUUUAACAUGGAUGUGAACAAAGUUGAAAUUCACAGUUCUCCUAUUCUGUCAGAGUUGUAAAUAUGUAAAGUAUAAAUGAAUGAAAGUGACCGAAGUUACAGCAACCUCUAUAAAUAUUACAGUUUAUAUUAAAUGAAGAAUAUUAGGAAAGCACAGAGAUUUGCGUAACACACACAGACCGUCUCAUAUGACUGAGCGAGUGAUUCUGACACUGUGUUGGGAUUGAAAUGCCUUUCUGUCUCAUGGCUUCGUUGAACUGUGCCUAGUUUUAUUAUUUUGUUUUAUUUUAUUUUUUUCUGCCUCCUGGUGAAUAUGUCACUUUGUAUGGAAAUUUGACCCAAGUGUGUUAAAGGAGACUAUUACAGAGUUCUUCACCACAAUCAUAUGAGUUAUUCAAGAGUGUGAGAUGACACCUGAGAUGUUUAAUUAUGUGUAAUUAUUACUUUGUGGUCUGUAUGCAGAGCGAAUUUUGCAUCUUUUUGUUUUGUUUUUGUUUAUUUGCAGUGCUGUUACAAUUACAAUGAAUUUAAACACUAUUACUGCUGUGAUUGCCUCAUUAUGCAAUAUUUAAUAAACAAUAUUACAGCUUUUGACUGAU